CCCGCCGCGCUGCGCCUCGCGAAAACCCCGCCGUGUCGACGCGCGCGCGCCACCUGCCGACCGACGCCCACGGCGCGACACAGCCAGCGAGGCACGCACCAGAGCUCCCUGGCCGUCGGCAGUCUGUCUCUCUCCCUCUCUGCGCCACCGCCUCCCGUGUGACGUACCUAGUGGCACCUGUUGUGCUCUGCGCGAGUUUAGCUAGGGACGAGGAGGGAAUAAAACAAAUAAAGGAUACGUAGACGGUUCCGUGUGCGAAGACUGGGUCACGCGUACUCUCGAAAGUCCACAGUGCAGUGGUCGACUGAUGUCCGUGGGAUAUUGAAACUGACGGAGGUACUCACGGCCUCCAAGACGGCGGCGAUUCGCGUGUUACGCCCGGGCGAUCCGUCGGGAGAGCACCACAAGAUGAACCAGCAGUGCAAGGUGUGCGGCGAGCCUGCGGCUGGUUUCCACUUCGGCGCCUUCACCUGCGAGGGUUGCAAGUCUUUCUUCGGACGGUCAUACAAUAACCUCGGCUCUAUCUCCGAGUGCAAGAACAACGGGGAGUGCGUGAUCAACAAGAAGAACCGCACAUCCUGCAAGGCGUGUCGCCUGCGCAAGUGCCUGCUAGUGGGCAUGUCCAAGAGCGGCUCCCGCUACGGCCGGCGCUCCAAUUGGUUCAAGAUACACUGCCUACUGCAAGAACAGCAGCAGCAACAACAACAGCAGCAGCAGCAGCAGAACCACCUCCACCAGCAGCAGGUGGGGAGGCAGCAGAGGUCGCCCCCGCAUCCAUCUGCGUUGGGGAUACUCGGCCACCAUCAAGCCCAGCCCGGCAACCACCCUCAUUUUGACCCGCGAUUACACCACCAGCUGGCUGCAGCCAUGUCGCACCACCACCACCAGCGGGCCAAGGAAGACCUCAUGCUUCUGGGUCUGGACGAGUACAAGAAUUCGACGUCGCCGUCCAUCAGUUCCCCGGAGUCACACAACUCCGAUUCGUCGGUGGAGGUGAGCGACCAGCGGCUGGCUUCGCGGACAGCGAGCCUCUUCAAGGAGUCGGCGUCCCCGGCAGCGCACAAGGACGGAAUGUUCGUUCCGCUGCCGUUCGCGACGUUGGCGUCUCUGGCGCCUUCGGUGUUCCCGCACGCUGCCGCCGCGGCAGCCGCCGCCUUCUUGCAGCCGUCGGCGUUCGCCGGUGCGGGAGCGGCAGGCGCGCCCUUCCUGUUCCCGACGCACGGCGGAUACGUCUACCCUCCGGCGGGCCAGCACAAGCAGCACGGCCACCACGCCGGAAUGCCCAAAAUGCCGACGACGCACGCCUCCACUCUCAACAAUAACACCAUCGACGCCGCGGCCGGCAAGAGGUUCUUCCUGGACGCCAUCCUGCAGUCCCAGAGGGUCUCCCCGCCGUCUACGCCGAGAGGCGCCACGGGCAGUGACGUCGACGCCGACGACGACGCCAACGAAGAUGACGGCUCGUCGUCGCACCACUCUCCUUCGCUGCUGCUCUCCGAUCAGGAGCAGGAGAACCCGAUGGACUUGUCGAUGAAGGGCUGCCGCAUACGAGCCGAAGAGCGGCGGUCGCUGUCGCCGGGAGGGUUCAGCGGCAGCAAGGGAAGUGGCGGAGACGGCGCCGACGAGGACGACGAAGGCGACGCCGACGGAGACGGCGACGCCGACGGCCACCGCUCCGACUCGGGGCUGUCGCACGGCUGCGGCGCAGACGUCGACGACGCGGAGGGCCACGCCUCGCUGGCGCACCGUGCCACGCCCAUCGAUCUCACGACCAAAGCGUGACGCGGCACAGCCCCGAACAACCUGCCUUAGGUGUUUGUGUACCACGGCUGUACACAGUCUCAGAUGCCUUUGUAUACAGCUGCUUGUCACUGAAAACAAAGUAGCUUCAUGUCCAAAGACGAUUCGAGUUAUCGACACACUCUAAUAGUUCGUGAAUUCCUGUAUGACCUCAUAUGCAAACAUUAUCUAAAGCCAAGGGACUAGUGUCACAAACUAUCUUUCCACCUCUUGCAAAGACAAUUAUUUUUAAUUUCUCAAUUCAUGCUUGAAAACGUAUCGUCUGUUCAGAUUCACUGGUAAUUGCCACUUCCAAGUUGGAACGGAGUCACUGUUGCUCAUUGUAGCUAACAGACGACACGAAGACGUCUUUUGAUGUCGCACUUCGGAAUACGUAACGUAAACGAAACUUCCCGUCCUAGAAUUGGCUUUGCUGAAAAAGCCACGGAAGCGUCGCUGUCACUAUCGAUAAUGAACAUCAAGUAAAUCGCAGAUCAUCUCUUCAGGUGUUCUAUACACCGUGUUUCAAUCGAAAGCAGAUGCAGACAGCCAGGAUAUGAGAUCAUUCCUCUUUUCGACACUUACCUCCCUACAUCCUGUACACAAAUGUACUUGUACGUCUUUAGGAAUAGGAAAUCUGUACACUUAGUUGUGGCGAUAAACAGCUCAGAAAUAAACAGUGCAGUUCUGUAGAAAAUUAUAGCAUGUUUUGUCCCUUGGAAGCUGCAGACACGGACUGAGUGAUGAAUUACAUAACUACGUUGUAACAUGUCGAUCCCACAACCUAAUUCGCUGUUUAGACUUUUAUUUUACACUCACUGACUAUAAAUCGAAACAUCAAAAGAGUGUACAGAACUUGGAAUUAAGCGUUGACUGUCACAGUUGAUCGAUAUUUUGAGCAUAAGAAUAUUGCUAGUUACAAUAAAAUGCGUAGUCGUGAUUAAUGUUUCACAAAUCUCGUAUGUAUUUUAACCUUUCAGCUAUGUUUACUUCCAUACAAUUUGUCCAUUGAAGAAAAUGAAGAAAACAAGUGUCAUUAUUCAGUAACCUUUCCCACGAAUUAAUUAUGGUAUGGUUCGUUUAACAUUCUUUAUCUUUAAAAUUUACGGAAUCGUACAUCGAGAAAUGUUGCUCAUAACAGCGUUCUUCUGCUCACAGCUGUUACAUGCCGGUCAAUUACAAAAAGUUACAAAUCGUUGAAAACUGAAUUGUACGCCUCAAGCAAGACACCAAUGAACUGUUUUACCUGUGGGAAGACAGCUGAAGACAAGCAUGUAACCUUUUGUUUCGUUUUACGGUGGUUCCGCCGCACUAAUAAGUGAAAUUCACUAAGAUAUCAACUGGAAUUUCUGUUUAUAACCCAACCCUCUUAUGUUUCCCGUGUCACAGUAAACACUGUCCGAGUCAGUCUCAUUUUUCAGUGCUUCAUUUUAGUCUCUGAGCACUGCUAGUGGAAGGUCUAAUUCAUAACUUAUCUAACAGGUCGAAAUAUUAUAAACUAUUUUUUUUUCAAACAGCUGAACCUGACCAACAUUUCAAAUAAAAUCAAUGAAGGAAUGAUCUCAUUGUCGUAUGUCUGAGGUUGGUGAAAUUUUGUGAUAUCAUGUUGUUGAUUUCUAUGACAGCGGAAUGCCGUAAGUGAAACACUUCUGGGUUUUGUUAUAGUCAAAGUUAAUUAAUGUCACAAAUCUGGUGAAAAGAUUUAAUUAUGUGAAGAAAGUUACUAUGGGACUUAUGGCCAGUCUGAGUAAAUAUUUUUGCUGUUAUUGUUUGAGUUUAGUCUAAAGACUAUCUGACAAUUAUACCUGCUUGUUCAUGAUAUUUAGCAACAAAUAAUGUUAUUGUA